AUGGUGCUAGAAACAGUGAAGAAGGAAUCCCAUCCUGACUGGGCGUGCAGCAAGUUCCUCGUCAGAGCCUUCAAACAGGCAGGCUUUGAUGUGGAGGAGGACAGCAUCCAGGUGAACAACGCCUGCAGCGGUGGCGGCGGCUUUAUGAGCGAGACACUGCUGCUGCGGGGGCGGACACUCGGCGGAGACGUGGCCAGCCUUGUGGUGAAGGCGUCUCUGCAAAGAGGCGGGGACGGCGCGCUCAUCUCCGACAUGCUGUUCCGGAGGGAGAGCGUGCUGUACACGAGGACUCUGCCCGCUGCGGAGGCGGCGCUGAAGGCUGCUGAGGGUGGCGCGUGGCGGCCGCUGUGGCCCGCCUGCCCGGGUUUGUUCGGCGGCGCGGGCAUCUGCCUGCUGCUGGAGGACGUGGGGGCCGCGGGCUUCCACAAGGCCCCCAGCGCCGCCUCCGCUCGCGGGCUGGAUCUGGAGCACUGUCUGGUCGCGAUGCGUGGGCUGGCGCGCCUUCACGCCGCCACCGCAAGAAAUGCAUGCCAGGAUGCCCAGGCUGAGCCCCUGCUAAGAGAGUCCGUCUUCUUUGGCUCCAGCCAGGGUCCACUGCGCAACUUGCAGACCAAGACCACCAUCCUCAAGAUGGUUGAAAUACUCAGCCGCUAUCCGUGGUUCCUCACGUAUAAGGACAAGUUCCUGCAAUUCGCGGACAAAUUGUUAUUGCGAGCUGUUGACGCCGUCAGUAGGUGCGACAACAAACUCACUGUUAUGCUGCAUGGGGACUUCCAGAAGAACAAUAUGAUGUUCCGGUACUCAGACGAGGAGCUCGAAGUCAUUUUUUACGAUUAUCAGGCAGCCCAUAUCGGAUCUCCAGCGGAGGACCUGCAAUACUUCUUGCACACUAGCGCCAGCCUGGAGGUUCUGCAACAGCACACGGACCUGCUGCUGUCUGAGUACCACCGCACCCUGCACCACACACUGCGGGCCCUGGGGCUGCAGGAGCAGGCGGUCGCCUACCCACUGAACCAGCUAAGGAGAGAGAUGGAGCAGCUAGCGCUAGUAGGGGUCUUCUGCACCUACGUUGUGCUGCCCGUUAUGCUGAACCUAGCAGCUGUCGAUUUCGAUCAAGAUACGUCGUCACCCAGCUUUGCAGCCAAUGUGGACAAGUUAUUACAGAAAUGCUAUACAAACCCUGAGUAUUUGUCCUUUGCCGAGUACUUGACGCCAAUUUUUGAGAAGAACUGUCUUCUAGGAAGCAGAGUCUCAUCAUUAGUAUUUCCAGGUAUAUCAGAGCUAAAAUAA